UGGUUUCCUCCUAGGUUUUAGUUGGCAACGUUGUGAAUCUCUCGCGUUGUUGAUGGCGUUCAUGUGGUGCACUGUUGUCAAUUUUUGUUGUGUUAUCAUAGUUUAAUGAAGAAAUUUUGAUUUUUUUUGGACAUAUUAGCAUUGUACGAGUGAGUUUCAAUGUUGUGAAGUAAUAUAUUAAGUUGUGCAAGACUUUCAAAUGGAAAUAUCCCUAUAGUUUCGUACGAACUCCAAGCUAAAGUAAUGUAAAAGAUUGCUAGCGAGACGUCGUGUCAACGCCACACAUUUCGACUAGUGGCGGUAAAUUCGAAAAAUUUAAAUCCAAAAUUUUAAAAGAGGUAGGUGUUAUUAACUAACACAAUGGAAGGUGCAGAAUCUAGAGAAUUACUUGGAAAUGUUGUAAUAACUACCAGCGAAGGGGCCGACGGCCACCAAUAUAUUCGUCUCCCAGAAAACUCACAGAUCAUAAGCUCGGACUUGUUGCAAAACUCAAAUGGCCUUGUUGUUGAUUUAGGUGGUAGCGAUUUCAUCCCAGUCACUUACAGCUCCGACGAUAUACUUUCACAAGAACUAACAGAAGAGGAUAGAAACUUAGCUGCUGCCUUAGUUGCCGUUCAGCUGAGUCAGCAACAAAAGCAACAGCAACUUCAGGAUGCUACUUUACCACCUUUAAUAGGCAAUAAAAUGCUGGAAGAACAUCAACAGCUAAUUCUCACCCAAGAUAAAUCUGGAAAUGGACAAUAUUUAAAAAUUGUAAAUACAGACAAUUUAUACAUUGACCAGCAGGGUGUACAUAAAAUUGUAGAAAAUGUUAGAAUUAUUGAUGAAUCAGACCAUAUUCAACAUGUUGUCGAGGAUUCAGCGCAUGAGAAUAAGAUAGAAAUUAUUGAAAAAUCACUUGAAGAUGAAAAAAUUGAAUCCGAUGGGGAAUCAUUGAGGAAUGACCACCGGUCAUCAAAGAAGUCCCUGCCUCAUAAGAAACGUAUCAGUAGAAAAUUACGCAAGAACAGUGCUGUUAAUUUGAAAAAAUAUGCCUGUUCCUUUUGCACUCAGACUUUUACAGAUACUGAUGAAUACCAAGAACACGAAGGCAGUUGUCAAGCUGCAAAAUUACCAGAAGUAUCUCCGUUUUCUUGUCAACUGUGCAAUACACCAUUUGCAGACCAAUUGAAAUUCUUUGAACAUUUAAAGAAACAUUACGAGCCUGGUGGUCUGGGUAUGACAGUGGAACCGCCUGCACCAACCCCGGUGGUAGAGGAGAAGAAAAAGAAAUCUUCUCCGGCUCCAAAGCAAGAGAAGAAGCAUGUGGUUGAGGAGAAGGAGCCACAAGAAACACUGUUAACUAGCUUGCUCAGUUUGCAGUGCAUUGAAUGUAAUAAAACGUUUAGGAGGCAGAAAACAUUUGAGGCUCACAUGAGGGAUGUUCACACUAACAAACCAGAUUUGGAAGAUGAAUUUUCGGAUACAGAGGAUAUGAUGGCAGGUAUCAAUGUUAUGGUCGAUAAUGAUAGCACUAUGGGCGACAAUAAUGAGGACGACAGUAAAGCAUGGUAUCAAGAGGAAGAACUACAUCAGACAGAAAAAGACCUAGAAGAACUGGAAAAUAAAGACGACCAUAUUUGUCACCUUUGCAAGCAACCUUUUGCCCUAAGAGCAAUCCUUCUACAACAUUUAGUAACGUGUAGACUGGCCACAGGAAAUUCAGAUCCAACGCCUGCUGUAAUUGUGAGAAAGAAAAACAAAAAAGUGAAGGAGAAGCUAAAUUGUGAGUUGUGUGACAGAGUGUUUAAACAUAGGAACUCUUUGGUUUACCAUAUGAGGAGUCACAGCGGUAUCAGGCCACAUCAGUGCGACUCUUGUGGUAAAAGCUUCUUUGCUUCAAGUGCACUCAAAGUUCAUUUAAGGCUGCAUUCCGGCGAUAAGCCUUACGAUUGCGAACACUGCGGACGCAAAUUCAGACAGUGGGGCGAUUUGAAAUAUCACAUAACCUCAAUCCAUUCGACGGAGAAGAACUACCAAUGCGAAUAUUGCGGCAAGGAAUUUGCCAGGAAAUAUUCGUUAGUGGUUCAUAGAAGAAUACAUACAGGCGAACGUAACUACAAAUGCGAGUACUGCGGUAAGACAUUUAGAGCCUCCUCCUAUUUGCAAAAUCACAGGAAGAUCCAUACGGGAGAAAAACCUCAUAAUUGUUCCAUAUGUUCGAAACCAUUCAGGGUGCGAUCCGAUAUGAAACGACACGAGAAAACUCACGGAAAGAUGGGAUCUACCAGAGGAACGGCUGCCAAAGUUCAGUCGCAAACUCAGACGAUUAAAGUGCAAAAAGAUGAAGUGGAAGAAAACGAUGAAUCCAACGAACUUCACAUUGGUGAAGAGGAAGAUGGGGCCGAACAUAUUUUAGGAGGUUUUGAACACCAAGAAAUCGAAAUGAUGAGCACGACAGGCAUUACCAAGAGAAAUUUGUAUACCAACGGACACGAACUAUUUUUGGUGACGUACCCUAACGAAAUACUACCAAGAGGCUCCGGUAACACGGAAACGUGGAUUCACACCAGCCAUCCAUAAAAAUCUGUAUAUAUUUUAUAUUGUUACUUAUCUAGAAGUAUUUUAGAUAUAUUUUUUUAAAUUACCUUAUUCGUUAGUAAUAACAUAAUUUCAAAAUAAAUAUCUUUUUUAGUAGAGGUUUUAUUCCGGACAUACCAUAGAAUUUUAGAGUUAACUGUAAAUUUUUAUUUAAUAUUUAUUUUUAAGUUUUCUUUAGUUUAAAUAAAGGAAAAUGACCUGAAAGAACGUAUUAUGUUCUAAUCAAAAUUUCUUUAUAGCAAUUAAAUAUUGAUUUUACUGUAGGGUCUAGAUGGUUAAAUACAGAGUUAUGAUAUGAUAAUAUAUAGAAGAUGACAAAAA